UCUGAACACACUCUGACAGACGGACAUUUGACUCAAGUUAAAUACCAAAAUGUCGGCCUCGGGUGAUGCUUAUAAAGUGUCUUCCCUGAAGGGAAAAGUGACCCUGAUCACAGGUGCCAGCUCAGGUAUCGGUGCAGGUACGUCGGUCCUGUUUGCUAAACUGGGAGCUGUGCUGGCUCUCAAUGGCAGAGACGUGGAGAGUCUGCAGAAAGUGGCCAAGGAGUGCAAAGAGUGUGGUGGAGGAGCUGAGCCCUUGCUUGUGCCCGGUGACCUGACAGACGAGGACACGGUGAAGAGGAUUGUGCCAGAAGUCAUGGCGCGCUUUGGCCGACUGGACGUCCUGGUGAACAAUGCUGGUAUCCUGGCCAUGGGCGGCAUCGAGACGUCAGACCUGGCAACGUACGACAGAGUCAUGAACAUCAAUGUCAGAUCCAAUCAAUACUUUAUUGCUAGAUCUGUGUACCACCUGACCCAAGUCUGUGUGCCUCACCUGAUCAAGACUAAAGGCUCCAUCGUCAACGUUUCCAGCAUCACCGGAAUGAGACCGGUUCCUGGUAUCCUGGCCUAUUGUAUGUCCAAGUCUGUCAUUGACCAAUUCACUCGCUGUGUCGCUCUGGAACUGGCUUCGAAACAAGUUAGAGUCAACUCUGUAAGUCCUGGUGUAGUCGCCACAAAUGUGUUCAAGAGAGCAGGAAUGGACGAAAAGGCGAAUGCUAAGGUCCUUGAACAGUGCAAGCUGACUAAUGCACUUGGCCGACCGGGAGAAGUGGAUGAGGUGGCCAACAGCAUCGCCUUCCUGGCAUCAGACACCGCUAGUUUCAUUACUGCAGUCAACCUCCCCAUUGACGGAGGCCACCAUGCCAUGAUUCCAAAAGAAACCUUAACUGUGGAAUAAUUAUAUAAUA